CUUCUUUCUGUCGUGAACUGAAAAAGCCCUAGACGAGCUGCCCUCUCCCUCUCCCUCUCCCUCUCCCUCUCCCCACUCUCCGAAGAUAAUUGCCGAACCCAAACAUUCAGGCGAGCGAAUUUUCGUGUUGAGGGAGAGAUUUCGAUUCUUCGACAUACUUCCGUUGCCUAGUGGAAGCAUUGAAGUACUGUGUUUGUGUUUGUUUUUGAUUACUAAACAUGCCAAAGGAGAGAAGAGAUCGUUCUGUGUCUUUUGAUAGAUUCCAGACAUCUCCUUAUCCUUGCGGUUCAAGUCAUGCCAUACGAUCUUCGGCCCAAAUUCCUUCAGAAACUGAAGAGAAUUUCAAGGAAUGGGAAGAAGCUAGGUGCCCUGUCUGCAUGGAGCAUCCUCACAAUGCAGUUUUACUUAUAUGUUCUUCCCAUGAGAAAGGCUGCCGCCCUUACAUGUGCGACACCAGCUAUCGUCACUCCAACUGUCUUGACCAGUUUCGCAAGUCAUUUGCAGAAGGCUCGUCCACACCACCGUUAGCAGAUGAAACCCAGCUCCCAGCCGUCAAUUUAUCUGAAAUUAUACCUUUAGAGGCAACAACUACUGAUUUGCAACAAGAAGAAAGAAGUGAGGGAAUGUCUUUGACCACUCCUACUACUAUUGAGAGCAAGACGCAAACAAAGCUAGUAUGUCCCCUUUGCCGUGGGGAGAUCAAAGACUGGAUUGCUGUGGACCCUGCUCGACGUUUCAUGAAUGCCAAAUCUAGAAGCUGUGCCUGUGAGACGUGUGAUUUUAUUGGUAGCUAUACUGAUCUCAGGAAGCAUGCGAGGCUUGAGCAUCCCCUUGUGCGACCAUCUGAGGCUGACCCAGAACGGCAACGUAGUUGGAGGAGGUUGGAGCGGCAGAGGGACCUCGGGGACUUGCUAAGCACUCUACAAUCUUCAUUUGGUGAGGAGAGGAGUGAUGACAGCAUUUUGCCCAUUGAUGAUGGGGGCUGGCUUACUGUCUACUUGCUUAUUCGUGUUUUUCGACCUGGGUCCAGUCCGAGGAGCAGCAGCUGGUCUGGUAGCUCAAGAACCAGAGCACAACUGAGUAUUAGAAGGAGACCUACCCAACUAUGGGGAGAGAGCUAUGAUGGGGAAACCGUAUCUUCUUCCAGAGAUGAGGACAAUGAGUCGUCAGAUGGGAGUUCAGGCCCUAGGAGGGGAAGUGAGCGUAUCCGACGACGGAGGAUAUUGCCGGACCAGCCUUGAUGUGUGAUACAUGGGUUCUGUUUGAUUGAUUGUGGUUUUAAUUUUUCAACUGCAAGUCCUGCAAGCCAUUUGUCCAUCGGUGUGGUGAUUGUUGGAAGGCUUGUCUAAAAAGCCCAACUUGUGCUGAUUUUUAUCUCAGUUGGAACAGGAGUGGAAGUUAUGUUGCUGGAGCAUUGGAAUCUGUUCGACCCGAAGUUGAACAAUUAUGCAUGGAAUUGAUGGCAUGUGAUCAUAGAAGUGAACAACAAAAAGAUUGUAAACUUGAGAGAGACUUGUGAUUAAUCUAUACAUCCUUUAAAAAGGGGCAGCUUGGUUCUU